AUGGUAGUUAACUUCACGACACGAUAGUAGUCAAAGUCAACAAUAGAAAUGUCGUCAUCGUGCCUGCGACAUAACUACUUUUGAAAUUUGUAAAAAUCGCUCCGUAAAAUGACUUCCAUUGAGCAACAACGACUUCUGAACGAAUUAGAAUAUUACAAAAAUCUGGUCGCAAAUCACAAAAUCGAAUCAGGCCACAAGGUCGCACCUUCUGGAUUGAAAAAAGCGCCAAAGGGCCCUUCUCGGAGCUGGCGCAACCCUGCCCUGCUUGUGCCUCCGCAGGCCGCGCCUUCCAAGAUUCUGGUGAACCCAAACUUCCGAGGAAACAAGAUCUUGGUCAAUCCAAACUUCGAGCCUCCGCCACCCCCAACGAAAAUCCUCGUCAAUCCAGCGUUCCAGCAGCCCAAGGCUAUCCACGUGAACCCAAAGGUUCUUAAUAGCAAUAAGAGUCCCAGGGUGCUUUUUAAAAGCAAAAACAAGUUGAUCCUGAAGAAGCAGCCUGCAGCGACGACGUCGGGGUCCACGACAAAACCGAAGAGUUCACCUAUAAUUUUCAAAAGCAAAACCAAAUGGGUCAGAAGGUCAACAACCAAGAGUAAUAAGCUGGCUAGUCCAAGUGACAAAAGAAAAACAGCAAUUAAAGUUCUCAGCGGAGAGAGAUUUGUGAGCAACGGAGGCACAAGACUGACCAGACUGCAAUCCAUUAUUAGACAAGCCAAGCAGAGGAGUCUAACAGUUUUGUCCAGUAAAAGACGCUCGUCUUUACAAGUGUGUACGGUUUUUCGAAAAUUGGGUCGAUGCCCAAAAGGAGACGCUUGUGAACGCGCCCAUUUGCCUCAGACCACUCUUUUCAAACGUCAAAACAAAGCCUGUGAUCAGCAGAUCUUAAAAAAUGACAAGCAGGAGAAGAAAAAAGACCCGAGAUAUUACCAGAGUGAUCAGCAGGAGGUGAGCAAGGCUGUGCGGCCGGUGAGGACCAAGACUGUAGGUGAGCUGCCAGCUUUUAUUCCUUUGUGAUUCUCUUUUUCAUUUGAGCAAAUCCUAUUUUAUCCCAAUUUUAUAUUUAUUUAUAUCAUUUCCCCGCAUCACAUUUUAAGUACAUUGAAUUUAGGAGUAAAAGAGAAGACGCCGUGGAUUUUAAUAAAGUCCACCAGAUUUGACAAAUAAUGGAAAAGAUUUUUCAAUAAAAAAAAAAACACCAGAAAAAACGUUGGAAUUUGC